CUGGAUUGCCUUCUUUCACGCUAUAAUAACAGAUGUCUAAGAACAAUGAUGAUAACGUUGUUUAUGGUAGCCUUUGCCUCAAUAUUUAUCUCAGAGCAUGUUGCCUCAGAGCGUUAUCGUCAUGGACACCAACGGACGACGUCUGCUACACCGAUUUGGGUUGUGUUGUGUGCUAGAAAUAGUUGUGUAGGCUGUAGCGCAUAUGAACAACGUACAAAAUACAGCCUCAACUUUUCACUAUUUUGUUCGAAUGCCACUAUGUAUAGCUAGAUACAGUGGAUGCUAUGGCAUCGACGGCACGAGUGCCGUACUUGGUCGAUACAAACGCUCAUUCAGAAGGAAGUGGGACUGUGCCUUUAACGCUGAAGACUGUCAAGUGCAGCAAUACGUAGUACACGUUGCUGGAAACUCUAGUUGAAUUCAUCUGCCUGGCAACUCAACGGAUGCUGGUACCCAAGCGCUCAAAUCGGAGCAAUAAUGACAUAUACUGAAAAGAUCGUGGAGCGCCUGACAGCUCGUGGUCUGGACCUCGACCGUCACUGUCAGUACGAACCCGACAACGACGACUGCUGGCUCUGUCGUGGCUUGCUCCGAUGGAACAAGGUCCUGCAUCCGGCGAGCCUCGAACUAAGAGAAGUUACACCCGGCAGACUCGCCUUCCUUACGCUGCCGACGAACAGACGUCCGUACGGCGACAUCGAGGAGCUGUACGAUGCCGCGUACGUCCUCUCUUGGCUUCCAAGGGUGCACCGAUGCGUACAGUCUGUCUCCCUCGAAGGGACGCGAACCGUUCUGCUGAGCAGGCCGGCGUCGACGGUCGCCCUGACUUUGGGCCGGAGUUGCAACCUCCGGCGUCUGGUGCUUCGGGGCGCCUUCGACACGCCCGUUAGCGACGGCGAGCUCGGCGAAGGAUUGGCGGCCCUCGCCGUACUCGAAAAGUUCGAAUUCACGCAACUGCCCGUUAGUGCGACCCUUUCCCGGCACAUGGCGGAGCUGAUAAACCGCAACGCGGGCCAUCUUGCCUCGAUCGUCUUCGAGAGUAAUGACAUGUCACAGAACACCACCAACAGGCUGCUCCGAGCCAUGCGCCGUUGCCGUGUUCUCAGCGAGCUGUCCAUCGUCAAGAACAUUCUCGGUAACGACUGUCUGGCGUCUGUGGCGAUACUUGUGCGGUACGCCAAGCUGCUGCGCAAGUUGGAUCUGAGCGACAGCCUUCAAAGUGGGGCGAAUCUCGGCGGCAUUUCAAAAGCUCUGGAAGUCAGUACGUCGCUUGAAGAACUGCACUUUUUCCAGUGCGAACUGGACGCUACUCAGAAUGAAGCGGACAUUCGCCGCGUGUUUGAAGCCUUGGCUGUGAACAGAAGCCUGAGGCAUCUGGACCUGUGUGGUUGCAAUGUCGACGGCAACAAUGCAGCGUCACUUGCAAAGGCACUGCGGGUGAGCACGGGACUGCGAAGGUUGGAGAUGAUGUACUCGCAACUUGAUGACGGCUGCGCCGUACAACUUGCAGCAGCACUGGAGACCAACUCAACCCUCGAAGUGCUGAACCUGAAGGAAAACUUCUUCACUGUGCGUGCGGUCGCAGCGUUCUGCACAGCACUGCUUAAAAACACAACUUUGAAGUGUGUCCUUUUCAGUCAUGUUCAAGGUUCUGAAGAGGAAAGAGCAAGGCUUUCAUUCCAAAUGGCUGCAGGUAGAGGCUACACAUGCAUACAGAUGUCCUGGGCACUACCCGACAUUCCAAUGCUUUCAGCAGCCAUGGCAAUGGCCUCGGAAUCACCGACAGAGCUCCAGCUUUGCAGCACUCAGUACAUUACAGGGAAUGCGAUUCGCACUCUUCUUGAGAGCCUCGCCACCAAUUCACGUGUCAAGGCCAUCACAGUUGUGGCAGUAACACACUGUGUGGAAACAGUUGAUGCGUUGUGCCAUGCGCUUGCCUCAAACCGAACCAUAGAGCGUCUCGAAAUUGCUGUGGGCAUAGACACCACAGACGAUGGACUGCUUGCCCGGGUGGCCAAAGCUCUCCUAGUGAAUCGGACCGUGUCGGAGGUCCAGAUGAGAAGCACCAGACUGUCCUUGAAAUCUGCCAAGACUAUUGCUUUCCUUUUAUCAAAGAACACCAGCAUAACUAAGUUGUCACUGAACACACUAUGGGCGCUCAAAAUUAAGUGGGUUGGCAUCAUAUCUCGGGCACUGGCCAAAAACACAACUGUCAUGAAAUUUUCGCUUUCCCCUAACCUCGAUGCAAACCGUGUGUCGUGGCGGAUCGCGAGUGCUCUGCGGAGGAACACAAACCUUUUGAACCUGGCAGUUAGGUUCCUUGCAGGGCAGAGGCUAGACGGACAAGCUGCUAGAGCAUUUGAGACGCUCCGAACGAAACCAUCGCUCCUGCCGCAUCUGAAGGUGAAUGGGCAAAGUGACGAGGAUGCGAGGUCUGCAGUUGUCUCAGCACAGCAUUACAUCAGUUCAAACUACCUACGUCUUGCCGGUGUUGUGCAACAUGGUGUCGUCUGUCAUCCCUCUACUAGCACACAGCUUGAUGCUCUAAACCAUGAUUGUUGGUGCGCAGUCACACGCUACCUAAGUUUGUCAGAUGUCAUUCCUUCAGAGUCAAGCACCACUUCAGUCAGUUGGGCUCAGGAAAAAAAAGAUUAUGAGUAAAUGUGUUGACUCCUUUUGCAAACCUGCAGAUCUUGCAGUUCUUGUAUUGUAGUGUAUAUUUUUUGUAACAACUGUCAGUUUCUGAAAAGAAAGAACUGUUGCCGAUCAGAUGUCAUCAUCAGCUCACAACUGGCACAGUGCCAAAAUUUCUGAGGCCUACGUUGUUGUUGCUUCCAGUAUGCAGUACCAGAUUCAGUUUCUCCAAGUCAUAUCCAAGCAGUGUUGUACUGAAUGCUAGCCACACAAAACACUCACUGAUGUACAACAGAGAACUGGUGCGAGACAGCUUUUAGGUAAAGGUAUUGCAAAUAAUUUUCUGCCAGAGUAUUACUGUACUGAAACAGUUAACUAAAAAGAGUGCGCUUGUGUCGUUUGAGUGCUACGAAGGUUAGAAAAACUUUCUGACUACUAAGUUUUCCUCGAGUUGUUCGUUGCACAGGGUGACAGUAAUGCUCACCGCUGCCAUGCAAUGCUCAAGCCUGUGAUAAUGCACAAAGCGAAGUGAACCUGUUACUUUGCCCAUUCUCACAGUUCCACGUGUAGUAUGGUAUACACAUCUUUACACCUUUAGCCAUUUGUACAGAGCCAUCCCCGUAAGCUUGUGCUGGACGAUGUCUGUAGGAUAAUUGAAAAGACAACUUUUCAAAAAAUAUGCGGGUGCUUGCAAGAUACAGCUACUUGUUGCUUACAGCAGUGCUUCCCAUUUGUUCUUGAUGUACAGCCAAUGCAAUAAAUUAUUUGUUACAUUA